AUGAGGGGGGGAGGCAGCGUCACAACGGCGGUGAGAAGGGCAGAGAAAGAACUGAACACAGAUGAAUCAAUCAGCAGAAGAAAUGACACCUCACUGCAGGGCACAGUGACUACUGCUGCAGCUGUAAGAGAAGUAGAAGAAGAAGAAGAAGAUGUGACAAUGAGAGCAGUGCUUUCACAGCUCAGUGACACUGCUGUCUCUGCCUUCAACCUGGCUUUCUUGAUGAUCACAGAGGCUGCUGCCACAUCAUGA